AGUUGAAUGGUAUCUUUGUAAUUUACUGAGAAGCGGAGGUCCUAAAAGUUGAUCCCCCAUUCUAGUGUUCAUAUUCUCUUCGCUAGGGUUUCCGCCUCAGGAGUGCGGGCGCAGCGGCUGCAACCAUGGUUCUCAAGACUGAACUCUGCCGUUUCAGCGGUACCAAGAUAUAUCCUGGAAGGGGUAUUCGAUUUGUGCGUUCAGAUUCUCAGGUCUUCCUAUUUUUCAAUUCGAAAUGCAAGAGGUACUUUCACAACCGGCUGAAGCCUGCAAAGCUUACCUGGACAGCAAUGUACCGAAAACAACAUAAGAAGGAUAUUCAUGCUGAAGCUGUAAAGAAGAAGCGUCGGGCUACUAAAAAGCCGUAUUCUCGGUCAAUUGUUGGUGCUACAUUAGAAGUGAUCCAGAAGAAGAGAAAUGAAAAGCCAGAAGUCCGUGAUGCUGCUAGGGAAGCUGCUCUUCGUGAAAUCAAAGAGAGAAUCAAGAAAACAAAAGAUGAGAAGAAGGCAAAAAAGGCUGAAGUGGUUGCAAAGUCUCAGAAAACUCAGACAAAAGGUGCUCCAAAGGGUGCUGGACCCAAAGGCCCUAAGCUGGGUGGUGGCGGAGGAAAGCGCUAAAAUCGCAGCAACUACUUAUUUUGUCCAUCCUUUGAAUGCAAAGCUAAUAGAUCAUGUGUUGCUUUGAAGACAUUCUAGCAUGAUAGUUAACUUUUAAUAUGGGUUUGGAUUCAGCUUCUGUUUUGGAUUGAUGUUAUAACAAAGGCUUUGAAUUUUCAAUUUGAAUGUGUGUUUGCUUCCAA